AUGAGCACGGCUGCGGGGAGAGGGGAGGUGGCUUUCUUAAGAAGGUUCAGGGGCUCAGGCAACGCCACUUGACGAGUCUCCCAAGUUCCAGGAAGCCUCUGCCCUAAUGGAAUUCUCAGGUGUGGAGAUGGCCCUGGGAUGCCAGGGCCGUGGGGGACCGUUUCUUUUCUAGGCACUGCUCAGGUUUGCAGUUUCUUCUUUUUUCGGUGGAAUUUGGAAGGGGUCAUGAAUCAAACUGAUGCUUCUCGACCCCUAAAUUGGACCAUCCGGAAGCUGUGCCAUGCAGCCUUUCUCCCUUCUGUCAGACUCCUCAAGGCUCAGAAAUCCUGGAUAGAAAGAGCAUUUUAUAAAAGAGAAUGUGUUCAUAUCAUACCCAGCACCAAAGACCCCCAUAGGUGUUGCUGUGGGCGUCUAAUAGGCCAGCAUGUCGGACUCACCCCCAGUAUCUCUGUGCUUCAGAAUGAGAAAAAUGAAAGUCGCCUUUCCAGAAAUGACAUCCAGUCUGAGAAGUGGUCUAUCAGCAAACACACUCAGCUCAGCCCAACAGAUGCUUUUGGGACUAUUGAGUUCCAAGGAGGAGGCCAUUCCAACAAAGCCAUGUAUGUGCGAGUCUCUUUUGAUACGAAACCUGAUCUCUUGCUACACCUGAUGACCAAGGAAUGGCAGCUGGAGCUUCCCAAGCUCCUCAUCUCUGUUCACGGAGGCCUGCAGAACUUUGAACUCCAGCCCAAACUCAAGCAAGUCUUUGGGAAAGGACUUAUCAAAGCAGCCAUGACAACCGGAGCGUGGAUCUUCACAGGAGGGGUUAAUACAGGUGUUAUUCGUCAUGUUGGUGAUGCCUUGAAGGACCAUGCAUCCAAGUCUCGAGGGAAGAUAUGUACCAUAGGUAUCGCCCCUUGGGGGAUUGUGGAAAACCAGGAGGACCUUAUUGGAAGAGAUGUAGUCCGGCCAUACCAGACCAUGUCCAAUCCCAUGAGCAAGCUCACUGUUCUCAACAGCAUGCAUUCCCACUUCAUCCUGGCUGACAAUGGCACCACUGGGAAGUAUGGGGCAGAGGUGAAACUCCGGAGACAACUGGAAAAGCAUAUUUCACUCCAGAAGAUCAACACAAGAUGCCUGCCGUUUUUCUCUCUUGAGUCCCGCUUGUUUUAUUCAUUUUGGGGUAGUUGCCAAUUAGACCCAAUUGGAAUCGGUCAAGGAGUCCCAGUGGUGGCACUCAUUGUGGAAGGAGGACCCAACGUGAUCUCAAUUGUUUUGGAGUACCUUCGAGACACCCCUCCUGUGCCAGUCGUGGUCUGUGAUGGGAGUGGAAGGGCAUCUGACAUACUGGCAUUUGGGCAUAAAUAUUCAGAAGAAGGCGGACUUAUCAAUGAAUCUUUGCGGGACCAGUUAUUGGUGACCAUACAGAAGACCUUCACGUAUACUAGAACCCAAGCCCAACAUCUCUUCAUCAUCCUCAUGGAAUGCAUGAAGAAGAAGGAAUUGAUUACAGUGUUUCGGAUGGGAUCAGAAGGGCACCAGGACAUUGACUUAGCUAUCCUGACAGCAUUACUCAAAGGAGCCAAUGCGUCAGCCCCGGACCAACUGAGUUUAGCUUUAGCCUGGAACAGAGUGGACAUCGCUCGCAGCCAGAUCUUUAUUUAUGGGCAACAGUGGCCGGUAGGGUCUCUGGAGCAAGCCAUGUUGGAUGCCCUAGUUCUGGACAGAGUGGAUUUUGUGAAAUUACUCAUUGAGAAUGGAGUAAGCAUGCAUCGUUUUCUCACCAUCUCCAGACUAGAGGAAUUGUACAAUACGAGACAUGGGCCCUCAAACACAUUGUACCACUUGGUCAGGGAUGUCAAAAAGCGAGAAUAUCCAGGUUUCGGUUGGAUCUAUUUUAAGGGGAACCUGCCCCCGGACUACAGGAUCAGCCUCAUCGACAUAGGCCUGGUGAUCGAGUACCUGAUGGGCGGGGCCUACCGCUGCAACUACACGCGCAAGCGCUUCCGGACCCUCUACCACAACCUCUUCGGGCCCAAGAGGCCCAAAGCCUUGAAACUGCUGGGAAUGGAGGAUGAUAUCCCCUUGAGACGAGGAAGAAAGACAACGAAGAAGCGUGAAGAAGAGGUGGACAUUGACUUGGAUGAUCCUGAGAUCAACCAUUUCCCGUUCCCUUUCCACGAGCUGAUGGUGUGGGCCGUGCUCAUGAAGAGGCAGAAGAUGGCCCUGUUCUUCUGGCAGCAUGGCGAGGAGGCCAUGGCCAAGGCCCUGGUGGCCUGCAAACUCUGCAAGGCCAUGGCUCACGAGGCCUCUGAGAAUGACAUGGUUGACGACAUCUCCCAGGAGCUGAACCACAACUCCAGGGACUUUGGCCAGCUGGCUGUGGAGCUCUUGGACCAGUCAUACAAGCAGGACGAGCAGCUGGCCAUGAAGUUGCUGACGUAUGAGCUGAAGAACUGGAGCAACGCCACAUGCCUGCAGUUGGCUGUGGCUGCCAAGCACCGCGACUUCAUUGCGCACACAUGCAGCCAGAUGUUGCUCACCGACAUGUGGAUGGGCCGGCUCCGCAUGCGCAAGAACUCAGGCCUCAAGGUAAUUCUGGGAAUUCUACUUCCUCCUUCAAUUCUCAGCUUGGAGUUCAAGAACAAAGAUGACAUGCCCUAUAUGACUCAGGCCCAAGAAAUCCACCUCCAAGAGAAGGAAACAGAGGAACCAGAGAAACCCACCAAGGAAAAAGACGAAGAGGACAUGGAGCUGACAGUAAUGCUGGGGCGAAACAAUGGGGAGUCAUCCAGGAAGAAAGACGAAGAAGAAGUUCAAAGCAGGCACCGGUUGAUCCCCCUGGGCAGGAAAAUCUAUGAAUUCUACAAUGCACCCAUUGUGAAGUUCUGGUUCUACACGCUGGCGUACAUUGGAUACCUGAUGCUCUUCAACUACAUCGUGUUAGUGAAGAUGGAGCGCUGGCCUUCCACUCAGGAGUGGAUCGUCAUUUCCUACAUCUUCACCCUGGGAAUAGAAAAGAUGAGAGAGAUACUGAUGUCAGAACCAGGGAAGCUUCUGCAGAAAGUGAAGGUGUGGCUGCAGGAGUACUGGAAUGUCACAGACCUCAUCGCCAUCCUCCUGUUCUCCGUGGGAAUGACCCUCCGUCUUCAAGACCAGCCUUUCAGGAGUGACGGGCGGGUCAUCUACUGCGUGAACAUCAUUUAUUGGUACAUCCGCUUACUUGACAUCUUCGGCGUGAACAAGUACCUGGGCCCUUAUGUAAUGAUGAUUGGAAAAAUGAUGAUAGACAUGAUGUACUUUGUUAUCAUCAUGCUGGUGGUGCUGAUGAGCUUUGGGGUUGCAAGACAAGCCAUCCUCUUUCCCAAUGAGGAGCCGUCCUGGAAACUGGCCAAGAACAUCUUCUACAUGCCCUAUUGGAUGAUUUAUGGGGAAGUGUUUGCAGACCAGAUAGACCCUCCCUGUGGACAGAAUGAGACUCGGGAGGAUGGCAAGACCAUCCAGCUGCCACCGUGUAAGACAGGAGCAUGGAUUGUGCCAGCCAUCAUGGCCUGCUACCUCCUGGUGGCCAACAUCCUUCUGGUCAACCUCCUCAUUGCAGUCUUUAACAAUACAUUUUUUGAGGUCAAGUCAAUAUCCAACCAAGUGUGGAAGUUUCAGAGAUACCAGCUCAUUAUGACGUUCCACGAGAGGCCGGUCCUGCCCCCACCUCUCAUCAUCUUCAGCCACAUGACCAUGAUAUUCCAGCACGUGUGCUGCCGGUGGAGGAAGCACGAGAGUGACCCAGAUGAAAGGGAUUAUGGCCUGAAACUCUUCAUAACUGACGAUGAGCUCAAAAAAGUACAUGAUUUUGAAGAGCAGUGCAUAGAGGAAUAUUUCAGAGAAAAGGAUGAUCACUUCAACUCCUCCAAUGAUGAAAGGAUACGGGUGACAUCAGAAAGGGUGGAGAACAUGUCCAUGAGGCUGGAGGAAGUCAACGAGAGAGAGCACUCCAUGAAGGCUUCGCUCCAGACCGUGGACAUCCGGCUAGCGCAGCUUGAGGAGCUCAUUGGACGCAUGGCCACAGCCCUGGAACGGCUAACAGGUCUAGAGCGGGCCGAAUCCAACAAGAUCCGCUCACGGACCUCCUCGGACUGCACAGAUGCGGCCUACAUCGUCCGCCAGAGCAGCUUCAACAGCCAGGAAGGGAACACCUUCAAACUCCAAGAGAGUAUAGACCCUGCAGGUGAGGAGACCAUGUCCCCAACUUCUCCAACCUUAAUGCCCCGUAUGCGAAGCCAUUCUUUCUAUUCAGUCAAUAUGAAAGACAAAGGUGGUAUAGAAAAGUUGGAAAGCAUUUUUAAAGAAAGGUCCCUGAGCCUACAUCGGGCUACCAGCUCCCACUCAGUAGCAAAAGAAUCCAAAGUUCCCGCCGCCCCUGCAAACACCUUGGCCAUUGUUCCCGAUUCCAGAAGACCAUCAUCAUGCAUAGACAUCUAUGUCUCUGCCAUGGAUGAACUCCACUGCGAUAUAGACCCUCUGGACAAUUCUGUGAACAUCCUUGGGCUGGGCGAGCCAAGCUUUUCAGCUCUGGUGCCUUCCACAGCCCCUUCAAGUAGUGCCUAUGCAACCCUUGCACCCACAGACAGACCUCCAAGCCGGAGCAUUGAUUUCGAAGACCUCACCUCCAUGGACACUAGAUCUUUUUCUUCUGAUUACACCCACCUCCCAGAAUGCCAAAACCCCUGGGACUCAGACCCUCCAAUGUACCACACCAUUGAGCGUUCCAAGAGUAGCCGCUACAUAGCCACCACACCCUUUCUCCUAGAAGAAGCCCCCAUUGUGAAGUCCCAUAGCUUUAUGUUUUCUCCUUCAAGGAGCUAUUAUGCCAACUUUGGGGUGCCAGUGAAAACAGCAGAAUAUACAAGUAUUACAGACUGUAUUGACACAAGGUGUGUCAAUGCCCCUCAAGUGAUUUCUGACAGAGCCACCUUCCCAGGAGGUCUUGGAGACAAAGUGGAGGAUUUAUCGUGUUGCCACCCUGAGAGAGAAGCAGAACUGAGCCAUCCAGGUUCUGACAGUGAGGACAAUGAGGCCAGAGGCCGGAGAGCUGCCAUCGUGAUAUCCUCCCAGGAGGGGGAAAAUGCAGACAGAACCCUGUCCAACAACAUCACAGUUCCCAAGAUAGAGCGCGCCAACAGCUACUCCGCAGAGGAGCCAAGUGCGCCAUAUGCACAUACCAGGAAGAGCUUUUCCAUCAGUGAUAAGCUCGACAGGCAGCGGAACGCUGCAAGCCUGCGAAAUCCCUUCCAGAGGAGUAAGUCCUCCAAGCCGGAGGACCGAGGGGACAGCCUGUCCAUGAGGAGACUGUCUAGAACAUCGGCAUUCCACAGCUUUGAAAGCAAGCACAACUAAACCUUCUUACUAUGUGUUGCAGGAGGCUCGAGAAUCCAGCACUAAAAUUUCUCCCCUAUGUCCACCUUCCCCACCCCUUCCCUGAAUCAUACCCGCUUUAUUCUUAGCUGAGCAAAACAAGCAAUGCGUUGGGAGAUGUUAAUUCAAAGGUAACUUCUGGGCUACAGAUCAAGAAAGAAUUUGAUCUGACCCAGUGCCAAACACGGGGGGUGGGGGGAUUAAAGCAUGUUCACACUUGCUGGGCAGAGAUGGGAGAAGAGGGAGAGAAGAAGGAUUAGGGAUGACUGUGUGUCACCAGGCACUGCAGAAAGCCCUGAGCUCUAGGGAAACCAAGGGACUCAAGCACUCUCUAAGUCAGGAGGCAUCUUGGUAUUUCUGCCCAUUAUCAAGAGUUGAGGAUACAGGUCUAAACUGCAAAUAAAUAAAAUAUCCAGAAUACAAAAUGAGAUAUUCUAAACUUCAAUUCUGUUUUCUUUUCGCAUUGGCUCCAUCACUGGUGACUGAUGAAGAGCAUCCUUUUUAUUCAGUAUAAGCCGGCAGCAAGCAGUUCUACCUAACGUCCCACAUCCUUCUCAUGCCAACAUCUCUAUAAUUGGUCAUUAUAAAGAAAAACAAGGUAACAGUCAUAGUUCGCCUGUCUCUUAUAUAUUCACUUCUGGUGCCACAACUGUUUUUCUUUUUUGACGAAAACAAGGGAACAGAAAUGCCUUUUUGUCUUGCAAUCGAAAUGAAAGAAGAGUUGAUGUUAAAGAUAAAAGUCGUAUGAUUUAUUCUAUACAGUGGGCAAUCAAGAAUAGUAGAGUAAGCUCAGGAUGAAUGUAAUUAAAUAAUUUUAUAUUUUUAUGUUAUUUUAUAUCUCACCUGUCAUCAAUGAAUUUGCUCAUUGAAUAUGUAAUAUGGAACUUAAAUGGUGGGACAAACAUAAAAUUGCAUUAUGGGAUCUUGUUAUAGUCUCACCAUUCAUAAUGUGUCAUGUUGCUUUGUGACCUUCAUCAUGUGCAUGACUCCAUUGUGUCCCCUGAACACCCCCAGAUGUAACUGCCAAUUUUUCACACUACUCAUCACAUGAUCUUUUUGUAUAUGAAUACAAGGUUAUAUGUGGAUAUUUUCAUACCUAGAGUCUUUCCAUCUAAUCUGAGCUCAGCAUAAAUUUAAUUGGAGUUUUUCAAGGGCUGGUAUCUUUUUUAUGGAAAUGUCCCAAAGUACUUUUUAAGGGAGUUUCAAACCAUAAAUAACCUUUGAAUUGACUGGGAGUUUGGUAUCAACCCAAAGCCAUCAGUUGUAAGCAUACCAUGAAUAUUUUUCUUAUAUACAGAGCUGUAAAAAAGAUGCAAUAGACUAAAAUAGAAAGCAAAUAUACUAUAUAAAGAGUUCUGUAGUAUAUGCUGCUUAUAUACAUAUAUAUACAUUUAUAGAGACACAUGUUUAUAUAUAGUAUAUAAACAGACAGAGACAGUUUUCAUAAGAGGCUUUGACCUUUCUAUCACCUGGAGGUAGAAUCAAGAUUGUUUAUAGCAUCCAAGAAGUUCCUCUGGAAGAGUCUUUCUGCUGUUAGAAUGACUGCUGGAAUUAUAAUUUCUAAAACUCCCUGUCACCCCAACUUUUCUCUUGAACUACACAAGAAUUGUCAAAAUAACUCACCACCUGUCCUCUGCCCCUUUUUGUCUGAAAGCACUAACUGACUUGGCAUCGCCUUCUUCUGGCUCCUCCUAUACAUGGUUAUUACCACCAAGGACCAUGUGCAAUUCUAAACCAAGUUAGUAUUACAGACUUUAAAACAGUGGCAUACAUUUCUAGACUAGAAUCUGGAUUUGAAGUGGAAUAAAGAAUUCUUGACCCCCACCCCCAGAUCUUUGGAAUUUGAUUUGGAUCACUGAAAUUUUCAAAAGAGCAAAGCCUUCAAGAGAAUGAUUUAGAGCUGGGUGUGGUGGCACAUGCUAUGAUUCCAGCAGUCGGGAGGUGAAGGCAGCAGGCAGGAGCUCAAGGUUAGCCUCAGCUACAGAGUUUGAGACCAGCCAAGGCUAUGUGAGAUCCUGUUCAAAACAACAGAAAGAAAAAAGAAAGGAAAGAAAGAAAGGAAAAAUAGUUGGCUGCGGAUGUGGCUCAGUGAAGCACUUGCUUAGCAUAUAUGAGACACUGUUGUGAAUCUUUAGUGCUAAAAAAAAGUAUAAAAGAAAGAAAAAUGAUUUAAUAUUUCUGGUCUAAGAUGCUACCUGAUUCUUUUGCUUAAUUGCAAUUGUAAACACCAAGUUACAUCUCAUUUUAUGAAAUUGAGUAAAUCCAUCACAAAAUCUCUAGCCUUUAAAUAUUUUUUUUUAAAGGAGGAAACAAGUUUUUCACUGUGUAAAGAGUAGCAAAAAUCACAUCUGUAAAGAAUUUCUUUUUCACACCUUGGUAUUUAGGCAAAAUGAGUAGCACCCUCAUGGGUGAUUUCCCUCAGGAAACAGCUUUCACCUGAGAACAAAUCAGUGGUUUUUAAAUGUCAUUGAGUCAAGGGUCCCCCUGAAGAUACAAUGACAGCUCAGAACCCUCCCACACCACAGCAUAUACCUUCAAAAAGUUCAUGACACCCCUGGUUCCAUAUUGACUGACAGACAGGAAAGGGAAUCGCGUUUUCUGUAAUCCAUGUAGCUGUAGCAGGCACUUUAUGUGUUAAGACCACUUCUUUGUACUUCUCAGGAAGGCCAAGUCUCAGCACCAUAGUUUGAACCGAGGUCUCCUUAUUUUCAUUUCUUAGAUUAGAUGUGCCUAGCUGAUGUCCUUAGGCCCUAAUGUUUUCAUGAUUUUGAGUAGUAAGCAUUCACAGAGAGACAUAAAGCGGGACAUCCAGCACCUCCAGGGCCUCCCAGUGGACCAGAUUGGAAGCUCGGAAAAGAAAAGGAUGAGCGCAAGUGUUUCCAGGCAUUGUGAUGACUGGAGAGGAAAGAACACGGCCUGCGAAAGGAAACACCUAACAGUCUUGAUUUUGUGACUACCUGGUUCCUUUGUUGUGCAUGAAAAUUAAGUGCUCACAUCUUUGGUGAAGUAUGUGAAAUCUAUAAGCCAAAUCUAAAUGACUUUAGACACAAACUGUGUAAUUCUCACAAGCCAUCUCUUACGUGUGCACAUAUGUGUGUGUUGUUUUCAAUCCCAUCUCUCCAUUUCCCUGGCUCUCUGUGCACCAAUGUGGUGUUGAUUCUGUGGCCUUGUGCAGUCAGCUUGCACUCAGCUGGUUUGUUCCUCUGUGUCCCCCACCGAGAAUUGUGAAUUAAGCAACUCAUGAACAGCCUGUUGCUGAGGACUGUGAAUAAAGUUAGAGGGUUCAAGGAAGGAAUACCUUCAGUUUAACCUGCUGCUUCAGAAGUGCCAAUUUUUAUACAUUACAAUGUGUAAUGAUUUGUUCCUUCCUUUCAGAAAAAAAAGUUAAGGAUGUUUUAUGAAAAUGACCAUGGAAAUUUUCUGAUUCACCAACAUUGUUUCUAUCUGUAGUUAGAAACUUUGAUGGUCUGGGUGGAGCAUUAGAAAACUGGAAUACCAUUGUCACGGCCAGUUUGUGCGUCUCCUCAAGCCAAAAGCAGGGCAGUCAGUGUGGCACUUUACAGAACUGGGUGUUUCUUUAAAGUUGAAGCUUCCAGGGCCAUUUCUUAUCUAGCACUUUGAAAGUUCCCCCUUUUCAAAUACAUAUACAAGAAUAAUAAAAUGGGAAAGAUGUACUUGUGAAAACACAAAAUGUGUUUCUUCCGAAUGUUACAAAUGUAUUUUAAAAUCUGGUUUCUAUAGAUAACUUUAUGGUAGAUAACUGGAUAGUACAUUCUUUUCUUCUUUCUGGGGCUAUACCAUGUUAUCUUCCUGAAUGUUUGUGCUGUUUGAUUUCCUUAAAGAUAAUAAAUGUUAUCUAGUCAUCCAUCAUGCUAUAUCUAUAGGCUAUGCCAUAUAACAUGUUUGGCAAUGCUCUAUUAUAAAACACAUGUAAACAUGUCUGUAACCUGUUUGAAACCCAGCAUAGUUGUAGCAUGUGGUUGUAUUAAUGAACGUUACAGGACAGCUUUAUAAUCAUUUAUAAAUCUGUAACAUUCAAUAAAGAAGCACAUGUUGCAAGGA